AUGUUGUGGCUGGGACUUCGUGCAAUCCCGAGAGUUCAGACAGUGUUGGAAGUGGAACUUGAAGCUAUGAGAUGGGCAGCUCUUUCAAUGUCAAGAUUUAACUAUAAGAAAGUCAUCUUUGAAUCAGAUUCCCAACAUCUAGUGUCUCUGUUAGGGGAUGAUACUGAUUAUCCAAAUUUGGCCCCAAGAAUUCAGGACAUUAGACAUAUAUUCCAACAAUUUGAGGAGGUGAAGGUGAUGCAUAUAAAGCGUGAAGGAAACAGUGUGGCAGAUAGAAUUGCUAGGGAAUCUCUUUCUUUAUUGAAUUAUGAUCCUAAAAUGUAUUCUAAAGGUGCCGGCUUGGAUAAAAGAUUGUGUGUAUUCAGACUCUGUGUAAUCACCGUUUGGUAAAUGAGAAGUUGUUG